AUGCCAGUAGUAAAGCAAGCGGAUGCUCGUUUGAAUGAGCCAAUCGAUAAAGAUGCGCCACCCACGAUAUACGGUACGACAUUGAAGCCAGAGUAUUCGAAUGCAGCCUUGAACCUUUCGGUUGAUUUUGUGAAGCAACAGUGUGCAUUGCUCAAUAAGAGGCUAUUCUGGCACCCGGUAACCAUUUUCUCCACCUUGGUGUGCGGUGUGAUCUUCUUGGCAUCGCAGUCGCAUUUCCCUGGACAUGCGAACCACGUUACUGGUUGGUUGUACCAAUACUUCUUGAUGAACAAGAAGGAGUUGGUGACGUUCUUUUUGGUGAUUAUCAUCAGUGCAUCUAGUGUGAUCUCGCUAUUGUCGAAGGUCACUGAGAUCGUUUUCAAGAGAAAGUCCAAGUUGAUCGUGGACACCAAGGGACAAAUCAUUUAUGGGGUUGAUUUGAUGAAGUUGGCCCAAGGCGAGAUCCAGGACAAAACUGCAUUGGAAAACACCGAAAUCAUUGUGUACCGUGACACCCCAAUCGCCUUGGUGUCGAUUUUGGAGAACAAAACCUUGAGCAAGCCGGAUUCAUUGGUUAUGGGCGUCUCCACCAUUGGUGCUCGUCGUGUUUACUUGAAGAGUGGAAUACUAGAAGACCUUAUCGACUGGGCUUUGAUCCGUACCAAGAACUACCAAAAGGAACAUCCAAAAUACAAGCACGGCAAAUCUAUGAAACUAUUGAUUGACGUUUACUCUUUCGAAAAGGACACUAAAAAGACAUUAGCCAGAAAGGGAUUCAGCAUGAUCGAGAGCUAUAAGCUUCCUGAAAACAAGUUCUUGGCCAGCAUGUUCGGUAUCAAGAAAGAACUUUGGGGAAUCCAAUUCCACUUCGAAGCUAAGAAGGAAUAG